AUGAACCUCACUAGAAAGGAGUACGAAGCGGCCGAGCCUGUUCGACCCUGGUUUUACACGCGUAUUGAGCCGGAGGAUGCUACAAUCUCCUCACUCUCUAUCGGAAAUCUAGAAGCUCAAGACUAUCCCCGUGAAAUCAUUAUUGAGGCCAAAACACCCCGCCCAGACCUCACCGAAGCGUUCAGGAACCCUCUCCUGCUUCGUGGGUCCGGCUUCACUUCCAUGAACGAACAGUUCACGUGGCCAUCCAAAGAGGCAGCCUGCGAUCGCCCUCUCCACGCCAUUCUUAUCAAGACGGCCACUUGCAAAGUGACGGUAGUAGCGAUUCUUAUUGUCGUGGUGUUGUUCUCUAUCAUGGCCGGUUCGGCUGCUGGUUUCUGA